CGGAUGCCUGGGUUCUACAGCUGACUCGUGUCCGUCCGUCCCCCCCAGGCCACGCGAUUGAGGCCGGCUGGUUCCUGCUCCGAUACGCCCAGCGGCAGGGGGACGCGGCGCUGGCCGCUCAGGCCAUCGAGGGGUUCAUGGUGCGGCCGUUCCAGGCGGGCUGGGACCCCGAGCACGGGGGGCUCUUUGCCUUCCAGGAUGUGGAUGGGCUCUGCCCCACACAGCUGGAGUGGAGCAUGAAGCUGUGGUGGCCCCAUGCCGAGGCCAUGGUGGCGUUUCUCAUGGCCUACGCACACAGCCGCGACCCCGCCCUGCUCCGCCUCUUCCACCAGGUGGCUGAGUACGCCUUCGAGCGGGUGAGUGUGGGCCCCGGACGCCUGGGUUCUUGGGGGGGAGGGGGAUAGGAGCCCGGACGCCUGGGUUCCAUGC